AUGGCAGACCAGAUGGUCAACGAGCUCCGACUCGAAUAUCUCCCUCCUGAAAUUCUUUCCGAGAUUGGUCGGUGCAUGCCGCUCGAGGACCUCAAGAAAAUGUCUAUGACCUCCAAGAAAAUGCGGCGGUCCUUUUCCCGAUGGCUAUUCCAUAGCGUCGCCGUCAGAGGCGACGCAGAUGAAGUCAUCUAUCAAAUCGAAUACAUGUUGCCGUCCGUGAACACUGAGAUGAGACAGAUGAUGAUGGCGAACGUCAACUCCCUGUGUACAGUCGACUCUACAGCCUCGGAUUCGACACAGAAGAUUAUGAACAGGCUCGUCAACAAGUUUGCGAGAAACAGAAUCAAAUCAUUGACAUUAAACGACGACCGUGGUAAUAACCUACUGGAAAUCGCAAAGACAGAAUGCCCAGACCUUCGUCGUCUCAUUCUUCGUAAGAACUACCCUAAGAUACACCAACCCCCUCCAUCGGAAAUCCUCGAAGCAGUAGGGAAAGAUAUCAGCAAAGCAUUCCCCGAGCUAGAGUGGUUCGUAAUAGAUUACAAAUGGGAACCCAGGAGUGAGGAAGAUGCCGCAGUUGAACUCAAGAUGGCCAGUCAAGCUCUGGCCCCUGGUGAGGACCAUGAAGAAGAAGACUACUUCCACAGAGAUUUCGAAAGUGGGAUAGCACAUAUCGCUCAGAUCGCGCCGAAACUGAAAGAGAUCUGCUUCACCACAUUCAACAUGUGGGCUUAUGACACUUGUGUUGAUGGCACCAGGUAUGAGUACUCACUCAUCUAUCGCGGUGUUCGAAACACUGAGUCCGCAAAGAUGUCUCUCGAGAGACCUCUGGCUCCCGGUAGACACGGGUUUCCUCGAGGCCUGAUAUUCUAG